AUGGACGUCCAACCACCUACCAGUCGAUACCUUACAGCGCUUCGUAACUCUCAAGGAAGGCCUUUGAAUCAACUGAGAGAACUGAGAGAACAAGUACCUACCUAUGUUUGGUGCUCUCUCUUUACUGCUCUAGGGGGCUAUUUGUGGGGCUAUGAUACAGGAAGCAUUGGACCUAUUACCGUUAUGCCUCAGUUUGAAGCUCAGUUCGGCGCUCUCUCACCUGCAGCACAAGGACUUUUGGUCUCCUCCAUCCUCAUUGCAGCCUCCAUCACAUCUCUCGUAGCCGGUCCUCUGUCUGACCGCAUUUCCAGAACACGUACAAUUUCUAUGGGCGGCGCAGUGUAUGCGGCCGGCUGUGCCAUUGCCUGUUCUUCGCAACAUCGCCCCCAAUUAUUCAUUGGUCGAUGCAUAGCUGGUGUCGGAGAAGGUUUAUUUAUCUCCAGCAUCACGGUUUAUGUCACGGAAAUAUCGCCUCCGGCCAGUCGCGGUAGACUUUCGACGUGCGUGCAGCUCUUCAACACGUGUGGAGUCAUGACAGGUUUCUUCACUUGCUACGGAACUGUCAGAGUACAUGGAAGCUUCUCCUGGCGCUUCCCACUGGCAUUGCAAGCUGUGGUUGCUGUCAUAUUGGCUGCGGGGACUCCGUUUUUCCCUCAUUCUCCUCGAUGGCUUAGACUCGCGAACCGAUAUAGGGAUGUUGAUGAAACAAAGCGACGUCUUGGUGUCGCCGGAGCAGGUGCCGAAGAUAAUUCAGUCCACGAGGAGAUUCCCAACAUCCGGGGCCACUUUGGGCAAGAUAUAAAAAACCUUUGGGGCAAGGACAUACGCAUGAGAACACUCUUUUGUGUCUUUAUAAUGGCCAUACAACAGGUGUACUCAUGGUUGAUAGCUCUCUGGCAGUACGCACCAACACUCUUCUCGCAAGCUGGUUUGUCAUCCACGACCUCUUCGUUCCUUGCUUCUGGCGUUUCUGGAAUUGUCAUGGUGGUACUCACUUUCUGUUCUCAGUGGUUCCAGGACAAAUGGGGCCGUCGUGCUCAAAUGAUUGGAGGCUCUGCUGUAUGUGGUUUUGCGAUGCUCAUCAUCGGUUCCAUUUAUCUCUCGCACGCCAACAAUACUCAAUCCGGAAAGACGGUGAUUAUCUGCUUCAUCUACAUAUUUAUCGCGGGGUUCAUCUCCAGUUGGGCCAUCGUGUGCCGUAUAGUAUGCAACGAAAUACAGCCGACCCAAACCCGCGCGGCAGCUUCCAGCUUAGGCCAAUGCGCUAACUGGGUAGUGAACUGUAUAGUAGCGUUCUCGACACCAUUGUUCUUGAACCACUCUACUUCGGGUCCGUACUUUUUGUUCGGGGUCUGCUCCUUGUUGAAUGCAGCUGUGUGUUUUGCAUUCCAACCGGAGACCAAGGGAUUGAGUCUGGAGGCAAUUGAUAGUGGAUUUGACGAUACGCCGUUCCAGUCUGCUAUGAGGCGCAGGAUUGGAAACCUGCGAAACCGUGGCAAUGAUAAUACUGGGGAUGAUAUAAGUACGUCGACUGCGAUUGAACUAGUAGAAGUGUCUAUAAUAUAA